AUGGUUCAAGAAGGUUUUACCUUCCCAACUCACAUUCCGUUAGAACAAUUACUCGCACCUUGUAAAAAAACUAGGGGUAAAAAAGGUAGAAUAACUCGACCUCAAAAUGCAUUUAUUUUAUAUCGAAAAGAUUUACAAGAUAAAAUUAAAGACGAAAACCCUGAUGCCGAUUUUAAAGAAAUUUCAAGAAUUGCCGGGAAUCGAUGGAAACAUGAAGUUGAUCACGUAAAAAACAAUUAUACCUUAUUAGCAACACUCGGUGGUCUUGUACAUCAAGAUCUUUUUCCAAAUUAUAAAUAUCAGCCACGA